UGUAGUUUGGCCGCAGCGGUCCAGGACUGCCCAGGGGCCGGGGGCGAAUCUUGGGCGCCGGGCCUGGGCGGCCGCGCGCACCUUCGCCCGCCGGACCUGGACAAGGACAAGAACUCCCGGGAUAUGGAGCGGCCCGCGUUCGUCUGGCUUCGAGGAUCAAUCCAGGGAUGCGUCGUUCGCUACAACAAGCAUAGGAACGAACGCCGGAGCGCUAUGGCGAUCGAUCCGGUAGCACAAGGCGCGCGGCGCGGGGAAAAAAUAGAAAGGCCGGGCCCCCCGGGGGCCGGUCGGUUUGGCCUUUUUUGUUUGCUUGGGGGAGGAGAAAGGCCAGCAAGGCGCUUUUUUUUUUGAAUGGCCGGCCCGCCCC